UCCCGGAACUAGAGACGGGGCGGCGCUCGAGUUCCCGCGCGGGGCUGCCAAGGCACGACCACGGGCCGGAAGGCUGCCAGGCCCAGUGGGCAAGCGAAGAAAUGAACCACCGCAACAUGGGCGUUUGGGGGCGGGGCCGAGUGCGAGCCUGAGCCCCAAAUCCCGACCCAGGCAGGGGCGGGGCCCGGAGCGGGGCCUUGGAGGCCCAGCCCGCGCGGCGACGUCUCCGCGUGACGUCUCGGCACCGACUGACAGCCACCCACCAUGGCCGCAGACCAGCGCCCGAAGGCCGACACCCUGGCCCUGAGGCAACGGCUCAUCAGCUCUUCCUGCAGACUCUUUUUUCCCGAGGAUCCUGUUAAGAUUGUCCGGGCCCAAGGGCAGUACAUGUACGAUGAACAGGGGGCAGAAUACAUCGAUUGCAUCAGCAAUGUGGCGCACGUUGGGCACUGCCACCCUCUCGUGGUCCGAGCAGCACAUGAACAGAACCAGGUGCUCAACACCAACAGCCGGUACCUGCAUGACAACAUCGUGGACUAUGCGCAGAGGCUGUCAGAGACCCUGCCGGAGCAGCUCUGUGUGUUCUAUUUCCUGAAUUCUGGGUCAGAAGCCAAUGACCUGGCCCUGAGGCUGGCUCGCCACUACACGGGACACCAGGACGUGGUGGUAUUAGAUCAUGCGUAUCAUGGCCACCUGAGCUCCCUGAUUGACAUCAGUCCCUACAAGUUCCGCAACCUGGAUGGCCAGAAGGAGUGGGUCCACGUGGCACCUCUCCCAGACACCUACCGGGGCCCCUACCGGGAGGACCACCCCAACCCAGCUAUGGCCUAUGCCAACGAGGUGAAACGUGUGGUCAGCAGUGCACAGGAGAAGGGCAGGAAGAUUGCAGCCUUCUUUGCUGAGUCUCUGCCCAGUGUGGGAGGGCAGAUCAUUCCCCCUGCUGGCUACUUCUCCCAAGUGGCAGACCCCCGUGUCAGUCAUCUCCUCUGCCACAGGCACAUCCGCAAGGCCGGAGGGGUCUUUGUUGCAGAUGAGAUCCAGGUUGGCUUUGGCCGAGUAGGCAAGCACUUCUGGGCCUUCCAGCUCCAGGGAAAAGACUUCGUCCCUGACAUCGUCACCAUGGGCAAGUCCAUUGGCAAUGGCCACCCUGUUGCCUGCGUGGCCACAACCCAGCCUGUGGCGAGGGCAUUUGAAGCCACCGGCGUUGAGUACUUCAACACGUUUGGGGGCAGCCCGGUGUCCUGCGCUGUGGGGCUGGCCGUCCUGAAUGUCUUGGAGAAGGAGCAGCUCCAGGCUCAUGCCACCAGUGUAGGCAGCUUCCUGAUGGAGCUCCUCGGGCAGCAAAAAAUCAAACAUCCCAUCGUCGGGGAUGUCAGGGGUGUUGGGCUCUUCAUUGGUGUGGAUCUGAUCAAAGAUGAGGCCACAAGGACCCCAGCAACUGAAGAGGCUGCCUACUUGGUAUCAAGGCUGAAGGAGAACUACGUUUUGCUGAGCACUGAUGGCCCUGGGAGGAACAUCCUGAAGUUUAAGCCGCCAAUGUGCUUCAGCCUGGACAAUGCACGGCAGGUGGUGGCAAAGCUGGAUGCCAUUCUGACUGACAUGGAAGAGAAGGUGAGAAGUUGUGAGACGCUGAGGCUCCAGCCCUAAGCCAGCCCUGCUCCGCCUAAGUGUACUCCAGGAUCCUCACCAGCCCUGUGACAGCAGAGAUUGCCUUCCUCAUGUUACUAAGACCCCGAAGUCUAAGGCUCAAAAUCGAGUAGCUCCCAUGGCUGAGCCAGGCCUGUCUGACUCCAAAGCCCCUGCUGCCAGUGGCUCCUACACUGUCUGUCCUGCCUCCCCUGGGGGCGAGGGGUGAGUGGAUGGGGCCUCCCUCUCUCCUACUUACUGUAGUCGUAGCCGGGGCCGUAGCCGUAAUAGCCAUAGGGCGAGUAGUCGUAGCCGCCAUAGCCAGGCCCGUAGCCCUGCUGGUAGCCGUAGCCCUGGUUCCAGUAGUUGCCGUAGCCCUGAUUCCAACUCUGACUCUGACCUGUGGGGGGAGCAGGGCACAGGGGCCCGUGGACCAUUUAGCAUACGCAGGAGCUAGGAUGGAGGAAAUCCUGCCCUUUGGGAUGGCAGGGUUACUGUGGCAACUCAGGCAGAAGCCAAGGGGCUGCUGUUCUGGUGUAUAGGGCCCUGGGCCCAACCCUGCAUCUGAGAGACCCAAGCAGAGGAUCAGAGACCAGGAUGCUAACUUUACUUGGGGCAAACAAGGCAGCUCACUCACUCAGUCACUCUCUGAUCACUCCCACUCUCCUUGGCAGCUUAGCCUUUAAAAAGAUGCAGUUCAGGCUUUGGAGUCAGAGGGGCCUGGGAUGGAAGGGGAUAAAUGCCUGGCACAGCUCUGCCCUACCCACCUUUCUGCCUACCUGCUCACAUGUGUACCAGACUCAGGACAUCCACAAAGCCAAGACACCCAUCACGUCCCCUCCCCCAGAGUGUAACACAAAUGCUCUCUCUGCCCUGGGCACCCAAGCCAUUCCAAGGGGCAGCAGCAGGCAACAGCCUCAAGCAUACAGCCCUGACCCAGAGCCACUCCUAUUCCUGUUCGUCCCCCACCUCACACAAUCUGCCCACCCCGGCUGCACAGCACCAGAGGGAGCCCCAAGACAGGCUUAGAAGGCUCCAUGUAGGUAGGGAAACAGGACCUAUCUUCAUCCAGGUUCUACUCACCUCCACCUCCACCACCACCUCCGCUGCCUCGGUUCCCUCGGUUGCGGUUUCCACGGCCCCCAGAGCCAUACUGCUGCUGCUGAUAGACUUCUUUGGGCUGGGCCACCUUGAUCUCACACUAAAAGUCAAGAGGACAGUGGUCAGGCCAGUAGGACAAACUCAGGGCAGUGACUGCCCAAAGACCUUCAGUGCGACAAACAUCAGAUGGUGGAUCAGGUCCCUUUGCUCAGAAACAAAAUAUGCUAGUAUGGGAGGCCACCUUUGGGCUAAAGCUCAUGGAAUCCCAACUAAAACCAAGGGCCUUCCAGCAGAGAACCCUUCCCACAGAAUGCACUUGAGAUGGGCAUCUCAGCCCCAGGGCAACUCCAUGUCUAAUGGAGGCAGGCAACUGGGCCAACUGCAGCCCAGGGGAGCAGAGGACAGGCUGGGAGCAGGCACCACACCUUGGUCCUACGGGGCUAGAGGGUCAGACAAGACUUCUCAGAUGAGGGGCCUUAGACAAUGAGGUUUUAACAUCUUUUUCUCUUUACAGAAGAAACUCAUCUCAUCCAAAUACACACUAUUGAGAAGGCCAGCCUGACCUCCCUCUUACAGAUAAAGUCAGUUUUCAGAGGCUCAGGGUGGGGGGCCUGCCUGAGGCCAUAAUGCUACCCACCCCUCCUCCUAACCGCUGGUGUGUGGGGAUAACCCAGAUGUCUGCAUCCCCUCAAGUCAGUCAGUUUCCUUUCUGUCCACUGGGGGUGGAAUGGGGUAAGGUGGGGUACUUUCAAAUGCUCCUGCUUAAAUAAAUUAGACCAGACCAGUGUAUUUCUAAAGAAAAUCCUGACACGCACCCCCAUUAAAAAUAGUACAUUUUACAGU